GGAAAGAUGAAGUACCUCAUUAUCCUCUUAGUGGCCUGCUUAGGCCUACAGCUAAGCACUGCCGAAAACACCUACACUGCACGUUUUUUAACACAAUACAACAAAAUACACGACCCUGCCCACGGAUACUUCUCGAAAGAAGGCAUCCCCUACCAUUCCGUCGAAACUUUGAUUGUCGAAGCUCCAGACCACGGUCAUCAAACCACAUCUGAAGCUUACAGUUACUGGAUCUGGUUGGAAGCCUUGUACGGUCGUGUCAACAAUGAUUUCUCGAAAUUCAACGCUGCAUGGGAGAACAUGGAAAGGUGGAUUAUCCCAUCGCACGGUGACCAGAGCACCAACAACUUCUACAACCCAGGCGCCCCAGCUACCUUCUCACCCGAACUUGACGACCCUAGCCAAUACCCAUCCCCAAUGCAAUUUGGUGUACCAGUAGGUUCCGAUCCUCUCUACCAAGAAUUGGUCAGCGCUUAUGGAAAUGCUGAUAUGUACGCCAUGAAUUGGUUGUUGGACGUUGACAACGUAUACGGAUUCGGUAACACACCCGGCGGUGGCUGUGAACUUGGACCAAACACCAACCAACCCUCAUUCAUUAACACCUACCAACGUGGACCAAUGGAAUCCGUCUGGAGAACCAUCCCACAAUCAACUUGCGAUCUUUUCAAAUUCGGUGGUAUGCACGGAUUUUUGGAUCUGUUCGUAGGAGACAACUCUUAUGCUCAACAAUGGAAAUACUCCAACGCCCCUGAUGCAGAUGCCAGAGCCGUACAAGCCGCUUACUGGGCCUACAUGUGGGCCACUGAAACCCAACAAGUCUCAUCCAUCCAAGGCACAUUAGAAAAGGCCGCCAAACUAGGAGACUACUUGAGAUACUCACUCUUCGACAAAUACUUCAAGAAAAUCGGCAACUGCGUCGGCAUCUGGAAUUGUCCCGGAGGUCAAGGAAAAGACAGCGCUCACUACCUGAUGUCCUGGUACUUCGCUUGGGGAGGUUCCAUCUACAACAACUGGGCCUGGCGUAUCGGAGAUGGUGCUGCUCAUUUCGGUUAUCAAAAUCCUCUUACGGCUUACGCUCUAUCACAUAUCGAUGCUUUGAAACCAAAAUCACCAUCAGCAGCUUCCGAUUGGGCUAUUUCUUUGGACAGACAACUUGAAUUCUACGGUUGGUUGCAAUCUAAUCAAGGUGCUUUCGGUGGCGGUGCUACUAACACCUGGAACGGUAGAUACGAUACCCCACCGGCGGAACUUACUCAAAAUACCUUCCACGGUAUGUUCUACGAUUGGGAACCCGUUUACCAUGACCCACCAUCCAACAGAUGGUACGGUAUGCAAUCUUGGUCUACUGAUCGUCUCGCUCAAUACUACUACGCUACCGGUGAUGAGAAAGCAAAAUCCGUUUUGGACAAAUGGGUCAAAUGGAUCAUUGGAGAAAUUAAAUUUGAGAACGGCGAUUUCACUCAUCCAGAAUGGAUCGAAUGGUCAGGAAACCCACCAAAUGUUAACGCUAAAGUUACCAAAUACAGCAGCGACGUUGGUACCGGUUCGGCUACUGCCAGAACCCUCACUUACUACGCAGCUAAAUCAGGUGACCAAAACGCUAAGAACGUUGCUAAACAAUUAUUGGACACGAUCUGGAACAAAUACCAAACAGACAAGGGAGUAUCAGCGCCUGAAGUCAUGGACACUUACAGCCAAUUCAACAACGAAGUAUACGUACCACAAGGAUGGAUGGGUAGCUACCCCAACGGUGACGUUAUUCAACACGGAGUUACUUUCAUUGGUUUGAGGUCUUGGUACAAGAAAGAUCCUGAAUGGCCGAAGGUUGAAGCUCAUUUGAACGGUGGACCAGCUCCAACUUUCACUUACCACAGAUUCUGGCAACAGGCUGAUGUCGCUAUUGCUCAAGGUACCUACGGUCUUUUAUUCAAUGAAUAAAAGGCAGAUUUUAGAUUUAAAUUUUC